AUGGCGGAAGCUUCAGGACAUCAGUUACCUUCAGGUUAUGACGAAGACUUUGUGAAUGCAGUUGACGAUGAGUUUCUUUGUGUAAUAUGCCAUUUGACUCUUAAGGAGCUGGUUCUUACAAGAUGCGGCCACAGAUUUUGUAAAGAAUGCCUUGAGGAGCAUUUAAGAAGGUGCGGCUUCUUGUAAACAAUAUAUCUUUCGAGUAAAGUAAAACGUUCUUUAACAAAGCAUAAGGUAUUAAAAGCUUCCUGAUAGAAAAUUUUCGAUUUCAAAUUUUGAUAAAAACCAUAAUGCUUGCAAUAGGAAGGGAUGUUGUUUAUAAUACCUUAGAAUAGCUUAGUCAAAUAUAUGGUCGAUGAUGCACAUCAUACUAAUAUAACUUGAUUCCGCUUUUGUUGUACAUGAAUGAAGUUAAAAUUAUUUAAAUCGUUCUAAACUUCAUGAAGGCAUGUUUUCGUAGACGGGAACUUAGCUACUAAAUAGAUCAAAAUUUUAAAAAUGGAUUUUACUCAUCAUGAAAAAGAUUUUAUCGUUAGGUGUCCAAAUUUUAUUUGCCAAUAACUUAUUCUAUUUCUAUUUAUUUCAGCCGUUAAUUCAAGACACAAUAAUCUGUGAGAUACAUACUCUGCAUACACGUAAUAACGACACUUUUCUGAGGUAAUACGUGCCCAAAUUAUGUCAAUAUUUUUUCAAUUUCCAAUUAUUUCAACAGGCAGGAAAUUCGUCGUGAACCUCUGAUUUGUCCCGCGGACAGAUACAGUCUGGAUAGAAACAAGGUACACGAAUCGAUAAUCAAAAGUGUACUUAACAAAAUUUUCAACAAUGUAAUUAAUGAAUAUCUUUUGAGGGUUAUAGGACGGACCUUAGGGGUUAAAACGUACUUGACAACAAACUCAUGGAAAAUUAAGGUUAGAUUUUCAACGUCUACCAUAGUCUGUAAAAUUUAUCAAACGUCAUCAUAGAUAGUCGAUCAUUGUUGCAUGACGAGCUUUGCGUCGGAAAAAAAUAUUUAUGCAAAUUACUGGCUGCACAUUGAAUGUGCAGCCAGCUAAUGUACCCUAAUUUGCAUAAGUAUUUCAAGCCAAGGUUUGACGCCUCUUGGUGGCAUGAGAUGUACGCCGAACAUUCCAGGACAUCGGAUAAUCGCUACAAAAAAGUUAAUAGAGCUCCCCUCGAAUGAAAUGGAAAAAACCGUAACUUCCGACAUUUCUAAUCAUUUUCCAGAUACAACUCUACAUUUUUAUACUUUUUUUCCAGAAACAAGAGUCCAGAGAAAUGCCUCAUACAAACGUAACAGGUCUCAUUCGAAAAAACCUAAGGGGCGGUACGCUAAGCCUAUUUUCUUUGUGGAAACAAGGCAUGUCUUGGAGAAGAAAAAAGUAAAUCGUUAACACAAGGUCCACAAACAGUCUUGACCAAAUGUUACAGAAACAUAACAGGAACAAUUAAAUACACGUAAAAAGAAGAAACUCCAAAAUAGCCUAUAAAGCGGCACCGGUUAAGAUAUUUUCACCUUCAUCGGAAGACCUGGGCCUAAAUAAGGCUAACUCCGACAAACACUUCUUUACACAGGUCAUGGUUUUGAACUUUUAAAGUUCAGAAACUGUGUUGAUUAGAUAAUCUAGAUCGCUUUCAACUGAUGGUCUCCCCGUUCGGUCUACAAGAUUCAGCGCAAUACAACUAUUCUUAUUAUGACCUUUUAUGCGCGAAGGAUUUUGGAACGGCAUUUUUAGCUACACGCUAACCAGGAGGGUAUAGGAGAGGUAAAAAAAAACAACCCUCGGGUAUACACUACCCAAGAGGGUAUACAAGAGAUUAAAAAUAACCCUCAGGUAUACACGACCCAAGAAAGUACGCAAGAGAUAAAAAUAAAACCCUCGGGUAUACACUACCAAGGAUGGUAUAGAGCAGAUUAAAAAUGACCCUGAGGUGUACACUACCCAAGAGGGUAAAGAAGAGAUAACAAAUAACCCUCAGGUAUACACUACCCAAGAGGGUAUAGUAGAGAUUAAAAAUGACCCUCAGCUAUAUACUAUCCAAGAGGGUAUAGGAGAGAUUAAAAAUAACCCUCAGGUGUACACUACCCAAGAGGGUAUAGGAGAGAUUAAAAAUAACCCUCAGGUAUACACUACCCAAGAGGGUAUAGGAGAGAUUAAAAAUAACCCUCAGGUAUACACUACCCAAGAGGGUAUAGGAGAGAUUAAAAAUAACCCUCAGGUGUACACUACCCAAGAGGGUAAAGAAGAGAUAAAAAAUAACCCUGAGGUAUACACUACCCAAGAGGGCAUAGUAGAGAUUAAAGAUGACCCUCAGCUAUAUACUAUCCAAGAGGGUAUCGAAGAGAUUAAAAAUAACCCUCGGGUAUACAUCACCUAAGAGGGUAUAGACGAUAUUUAAAACAACCCUCAGGUAUACACUACCCAAGAGGAUAGAGAAGAGAUUGAAAAUAACCCUCAGGUAUACACUACCCAAGAGAGUAUGCAAGAGAUUAAAAACAACCCUCGGGUAUCCACUACCCAGGAGGGUAUGCAAGAGAUAAAAAAUAACCCUCAGGUAUACACUACCCAAGAUGGUAAAGAGGAGAUUAAAAAUAGCCCUCAGGUAUUCACUACCCAAGAUGGUAAAGAGGAGAUAAAAAUAACACUCAGGUAUGCACUACCCAGGAGGGUAUGCAAGACAUUAAAAGUAACCCUCAGGUAUACACUACCCAAGAGAGUACGCAAGAGAUAAAAAUAAAACCCUCGGGUAUACACUACCAAGGAUGGUAUAGAGCAGAUUAAAAAUGACCCUGAGGUGUACACUACCCAAGAGGGUAAAGAAGAGAUAAAAAAUAACCCUGAGGUAUACACUACCCAAGAGGGUAUAGUAGAGAUUAAAAAUGACCCUCAGCUAUAUACUAUCCAAGAGGGUAUGGAAGAUAUUAAAAAUUAUCCCUCAGGUAUUCACUACCCAAGAGGGCACGAAAAAUUGAAUUCAAGCUAAUUAAUAUCAGGAGACCCCUCUUUGUCUGGACUCUUUCUUUUGACUGAAAGCUGAGGCAUCCACCAUUAACUCAUAUAAUGUUUAAUUAACACAGGAUGUUUUUCCCGACAAAGCAACUGAGAGGAAGAUUCUUUCUUUUGCCAUCCGUUGUCCAAGUGAUGGAUGUGAAUGGACGGGAGAACUGAGGAGUAAAGAGGUAAAUACAAGCAUCAGAAUGGGCCAACACUCAGGGUCUUAAAACAACUAAAGAGAAUAUGCUGCCUUUGCUAAGACAUCUUCAAUGGUUAGAAAUUCUAGUCUUUUCAGAUAAGGACAAUAAGCCGCAGGCCCUGACUCCCGCUUCUUCUCUACACUUGUUAGCAGAGGACUUUAAAGAACUCACGCACUUCUUGCGAAGAGUAGGGAACUUAGCUCCCGGUGUUGUGACCUGGCUUUGUCAUUGUUUGCACAGACCCCCCUUUUAAAACAACUUAAAGCUGAAAUGGGCCAACCUGUCUUAAUAUCGAAAAUACGUACAGUACAAACAUAUAUAAGAUAAAAAGCGUUUUUGACUUGACCUUUUUGACUAAAUGGACCUACCUGACUUAGCUGACCAUCAAUUUAAAAGCUUGAUCUUUGUUUGAUGUAGUCAACAAUACUAGUAUUCCUACAAAAUAACUUUGCCUCGUUGGAUCAGCGUUAAUAUAGAGUCAAAUAUUGACUGAUGGCAAGAUACUGGUGACUUUUAAUCAUUAUGUGAACCCUAAAUGAAAAUGAAUGAAGAGAUAAGACUUGAUUCAGUUAUCUCCCAUUUUAAACCAACUACACAAAUUUCUCUGGUCUCUAACAGACUCACUUGACUACUUGCUUGUUCAAAGUCAUACCUUGUACAAACGAAAACUGUCACGAGGAAGUACAACGACAACACCACAAGCGACACGUGGCUUUAACAUGUCAGUGGAGAGUUAUCGAAUGUAGUUACUGUAGUAAGCCACACCCAGAAUGUCAAAGUCAGGUAAAAAAAACAUAGAUCAGUUGAAGAUCGUAAGUUUUGUCUACCUAUUUUGUUAUUGUUUGGUUGUUUGGUUUAAGUUGUUUUUUUCCCCUGCAUUAUUAUUUCUUCUUUAGGUAUUACUACAAAGUGCAGUAAAGAGUAAAUUAAACCUGGUUAAUGGAGAAAGAUCAUUACUUCGAUCAAAAAAAGGAAAUAAAUCCAAUUAAAAAAUCUACCACCUCACGCUGGGAACUUGAAAGAACAUGACUGAAUCAUUAAGGGUUUUGUAAUUAGCGCGGUCCAAUAUACCUCGGUUUUAUUCUGACUGAAAUAUGGCACUUAAUCGGAAAACAUGAUCAGUGUGAUUUUGCGCUCACAGAACAUCUACUUAAAAAUCUACCAGUUAAAAAUUGUUAUCUUUUUAGAAUCACAUUAAAAGAUGUAGCAAGUUCCCAGCGACUUGUCCAAACAGCUGUGGUAUGUCAAUUCCCAGAGAAAUGGUAAGAAAUCCACUUCUCUUUCAUAUUCAAGUUACGGGAGGCAAGAACAGUCCUUCUUUACGGAACAAAAGGACGGCCGCCAUUUCGCCUUUAGUAUUGACAAAGUGUUAAAGUGUUUUUAUUUUUUUCUGUUUUUUUCCCGCUUGGAAUUUGUUGGAUUCAUUUAUCAACACCAGUAAUCUUGUGCUCUAAUAGUUUAUAUUUCUUAUAAAUUUUUAGGUUGCACCUCAAAUUAUACUAAGAAUUAAAGGAUGCAGAGAUGCAAACUGAACACACAUUUCACAAUUAAGAGUUCUAAGGCCAAGUUUUAGCUCUGUUUACCUGCAGUUUAACUUUUCAUUAGUUGAAUAUCUAGUUAACUUAUACCUCAUUCACACCAACAAAACAUGUUUAGUGAAAACGGGUUAAAAUAAACGAGAAUCAGAAACAGACAACUGAAAUAAUGAAUUUUUCAUAGCUUUCAAGAAGUCACUAACUUUUAUUUUCAAUUUGCCAAAUUUAAAGUCCACAAACAUUGCUUUGUGCAGCUUCUACGAAGAAAACAAUUUUAACCUUGUAACUUCCAGAAGUGAUUAACAAGUCAUUUCUCCCGACAAUAUCAAUACAAUACCCGACAAGCAGGCAAUGAGAAUACUCAAACUUCUCAGGUGCAAGUUGUUAUCCUGAUCUAACACCAAAUUCUUACACGUAAUUUACAUAGACGUGUUUAUUACUUGGUGGGAGAAUUAGGUCUUGGGAGUUAAAAGAUUAAACUGUGUUUAACAAAACAGCUAUGAAACAUGUGUUUGUUGUGAAUGAGUUAUUUCAACAAUUUCCUUAAAGUAAAUAAAUUUUUUAAACGAAUAUUUAAAUUCACUACGCAUUUCAAUUUUCAAAGUUCUCAUGUCAUGUUAUAUUGCUUUCGUCUUAGAUUCCUGGUCAUCUUUUUUAUGAAUGUCCACAGACGAUAGUCUACUGCCCUUAUGUUGAGAUGGGCUGUAAUACGAAGGUGCGCUUAUUAAGAAGUAUAACGAAUAAAACGCUUCACGAUUGCUCUCUGAUUGAAAUUCGUUCAAAGUUAUACUGUAUAUUAUGCUGAGAGGUUAUCGGAGUCAAAUGAACAAUUUUGAGGUCCGGCACAUCAGUCAGGUAAGUGUGAACAAGCUUCGACUUUUGGGUGAGUCUUCGCCUAAGAAGAGUUUAACUUUUUGUUACAGGUUAAGCGCCGCGUAAUGGAAUCUCACCUCAAAUCUGCCGUCGAAAUCCACCUUGCCUUGGCUUGUUUCAAAAUAAGCGAAACAGCGCAGAAAUUGAAUGACUCAGUAUCAAAAUUACAAAAGGUACAAACGAAGUUGGAUGAGACAGAGACUAAAUUAGAUGGCACAUUAUUGUUGUUGGAGGAGACGCAAUCCAAGCUGAAUGCAGUUGAAAUUGACUUUAGAAAGAAACUCGAGACACUUCAGCAACAUUUUCAAGAGAGAGCACUGAAAGAAGAAAUGACGAUGAAGAAAAGUGAAUCACUGAAUUGUUCUCCGCUGUUCAUUUGGAAGAUUGAGAACUAUAGUACAUUAUUAAGAGAAGCCAAGGUAGACCUUUCUAGAAAGGUGGAUAGUGCUCCAUUCUACACAGAAAACUAUGGAUAUAAGCUGAAAGCAAGAAUCUAUCCUAAUGGUAUUGGAAAAUACUACGAUUCAUAUCUGACGCUAUUAAUUGUUUUAAUGAGGGGCGAAUAUGACGCGAUAUUACCCUGGCCAUUUAUGAGGAAUAUCCAAUUUACACUGAUUGAUCAACAGGACGAUCCAGAUAAGCGGCAAAACAUGACUGUUACGAUCUCAGUUCCUGGCAGCCACCCAGAGUCUUACGCAAGACCUCAAAGUCCUGAGAACAUUGGACAUGGGUGUAAUUUACUACAUAAAAAACUCAGGUCACGGUGCUACAUUGUGCAAGACACUCUUUUCGUGCAAGUCGAGGUCGGCCCGCCAAAAGAAUGACAUGAAUAAAAACAUAUGGGCGCGCAUAGAUAUAGGAUUUCUCUUCUGGUGUUAAACUCGAUUACUCGCGAGAGCAACUUGGAAUCUAUUUGUUUUAUAGAAUAAAGAAUUAAAAUAUACGGAA